AUGUUAUCCCUCACCACGAAGGAGAACGCGUUCUGGCUGACCAUGGCAAUCAUGCUGUCCGUAUGUGUGUCCGAGGCAUGGCUGACGAGGUACAGCAACAGAGCAGCCACCAAAAACUGGAAGGACAUCCAGCUGGAGGAAUUGUGCAGUAAGACGGGAGAAGAUUGUUUACAGUCAAAUAACUGCUGUUCCGAGUCCGAUGUGUGUUUGCUCGACAAGAAAACUUCCUUUUUGUCCGGAAGAAGAGUGGGUUAUUGCAGAGAUAUUAAUAUGUUCAAAUUGACAGAUCAACCCAUUAAAUAUAAAGGAGCGGAGUGUAACACGAGUGGCGAAUGUGACGACAUGUGUUGCCGGAUCGUUCCCCGUCAUAUUUACGGUACAUCUCAGGAAUGUGGUUCAAAGGAGGGAUUCAUGUGUGUAUAA